AUGUACACCGCCGCCCCGCCGCCCUCCGCUGGCGCCUGGGCGCCCAUGUCCGCGUCCCCCCGGCCCGGCGCUGGCGGCUUCGGCGGGGGAGGCAACUUCGGCGGGGGAUCCGCCGCGCCGCACCUGGCCACCGGUGGCACCACCGUGCACGGCGCUGGCGUCAGCAUGGCUGGGCCGCCCGGGCUCGCCGGCGGCCCCAGCCUCGGCCCGCCGCUGGACCCAGACGGCGGUUGGCAGGCCUCGCCCCAGGACCCCUGCAAGGGCAUGGGCGUGGCGGGCCUGUGCCUGGAGCCACGAGAGCAGCUCGUCGACUCGAGGUACCAGUACGUCGGCGAGGGGCGGGGCCAGUAUGAGCAGGUGCCCACGUACAACUACGUGGGCGAGGGCGCCGGCAGUUUUGACAGGGAGGCGUUCCUCGACCCCGCGGGGGCCUGGAGGUGGAGGCUCCAGCUCUGCUGCAUCCUCACGAUGGCGUUCGCGAUCAUAGCGGCCCUGUUCUCGUGGGUGGAGCAGCGGCAGCCAGCGUCCCCAGACGCUGGCGCCCCCGCGGCCACAGCCGCAUCCGAGGGCUCCCUCGUGCAGGCCACGGCGACCGCCGCCGCGGCCCCCGCACCCGUGCCCGGCGCGCAGCAGCCCGCUCUCGGCCUGCAGGCGCCCGACGGCACGCCGCAGGGCGCCGGCGCGGAGCGGGCGGGCGCCGGCGCGCCGCUGGGCGAGGCCCCAGGCGCCGCCGAGGACGCUGCCUCGGGCGAGCGCUUCGACUGCGACGAGGGCUACGCGACCUGGGCGACCACGUGGGAGGCGACCAAGCAGAGCUGGUGCUGCACCAACAAGAGGCGCGGCUGCCAGGCGCCGGGGCCCGCAGCGUCGGAGGAGAAGUACGACUGCCUGGCGGGGUACCACCACUGGAAGAAGGCAUGGGCCCCGGAGCAGAAGGCCUGGUGCUGCAAGGAGCACGGGAAGGGCUGCGAGGAGUCUUCCACGACUGCGGCAGCCACAAGCAAUGCGGUGGAGGACCAGGAGGCGGUCUCAGAGGCAAGCAGCGCGCCCUUCGACUGCGAGGCGGGUUACUCCAACUGGGCGGCGGGGUGGUCCGAGGGGAAGAAAAAGUUCUGCUGCGAGGAGGAGCAGAAGGGCUGCGAGGCGGCGGAUCAGCAGAACGAGUCCGGGGCACAGGACGCCUGGGACUGCGGGGGCACCGAUUUCACGUCCUGGGAGAAGGAGAGGCGAAUAUGGUGCUGCACGCAGGAAGACAAGGGUUGCCCAGACAUGGCUCUGUCCCACGACAAACCUGUGGUGGAGCCGCAGCGCGCGCCAAGUGAUGGAACUGAGGUUGGUACUGCAUCCCCGCCUCCCGCUGCGCCAGUGAACGUGACGAAUCCGCCACCGCCGCCGUCGCAGUGGCCCUCGAAGCCAGCGCUGCCAGCAGCGCCGCCGCCACCGCCCCUGACGCAUCCACCGCCGCCGCCGCCCCCACCGCCGCCGCCGCCCCCACCGCCGCCGCCGCCUCCGACGCAGCCAGAGCCCACGGGGCAUGCGGCACUCGACAACCAGUCGCUGCCCGCUGGUCUGCCUGGCGCCCCGGCUGCCCCGGUGGCUACUGCAGCAGGCUGCCGCGAGAUGUGCGUCCUCAACUCGAAGGCGUACUCCUGCCAGGACCGCAUUCUGUACACGUCGACGCACAGGGUUGCGGGAUCGCCGCACGCGUGCGCGGAGGCGCGCGACCAGGUGCUGGAGACUUGCCCAGGCUGCUCCUCCUGCCCACUGGCGGCCACUGGCUGCAGGGACCCCGCCACCGCGCCGCUGACGCAGCCGCCGCCUCUGCCGCCCGCGGGGGCCGGGGUCCAGCCGCUGACGCUGCCGCUGCCGCAGCCCGGCGGCGCCGCGCCAGUCGCGGGGCUGCCGGACGAGGCCGCAGUAGCCGCGGCGGCAGUGCCGGACGAGGCCGCAGUGGCCGCCGCGGCGGCCGCCCGCGGCACGGCGGGCGCUGCCGCGCCGGCGGGCGGCACUCCCGAGCUGCCCCCGGGGCCGCCCGCCGACGAGUACGACUGCGAGGCGGAGCCCGAGGACGAGUGGUCGCCCGAGAAGAACAGGUGGUGCUGCGAGAACAAGGGCAUGGGCACGGGCUGCGACGGCGACGCCCCCGCCGCGGCGGGCGGGGCGGCGAAGAAGAAGAGCGACCACGACUGCAUGGAUGGGUUCUUCGACUGGCAGCACGAGUGGGCCCCGGCGAAGAGGAUCUGGUGCUGCGAGCACAAGAACCUCGCCUGCCCGGAGAGCGAGACCACGGAGGUCAGAAGCGUGCGGUGA